GACACAACUUAUGUUAUUCAGACAGCGACUCAGUCCAUCAAUGGGACGUCUUCAUAUCAUGCCAUCCCAACCAGCUGCCCUACGUCCUAGGGAUCCUGACACAGGCGUUGGAGGACAUCGGCCAAAAGGUGUAUCUAUAUGAGAGAGAUUCCGAGCCCGGUGCCCCCAUCGCAGAUAACAUCUUUCAGGCUGCCAUGGCGAGCAGGAAAACUGUCGUGUGCUUCACUGAAGACUACCUGCACUCGGAAUGGAACCUGUAUGAGGCGAUGGUUGCACAAGGUGUAAAACCCAGCGGUGGCCGCAUGGUGCCGAUACAGCUGCUGUCCUGUCAGAUACCUCCAAAGUACCAGCUGGUGUGUCCGCUGAACUGUACCGACAGGUUACACAGGAGGUUCUUCUGGCGAAAACUGCUAGGGGCACUGGACAUCCCGGACUCUAGCGAAAUUGCAGCCCAACUGAACGUCGCCUAUCCCGAGGGACGUCUGGACAUGAUCUUAGGAAAACACAUGCCUGACGUCAUUCCGGACCCGCCUCCUCCAAGGUCCGCGUGUGAACUACCACCACAAAAUCCGCAAGAUAAUGCAGAGCUGAUGCCUGUGGACCACCAGGAACAGUUAGCACACCUCGUCGCUGCAGUUAUCGUAGCAAUCAUCGUUUGUAAGAUGAUUGACAUCUUUGUCAAGCUUGUCUUCGGGAUUUGACUGGUUGGAUCUAUAUGUAGUGUGCUUUGACGUCCUGUGUGACGAUAACAACGUAAAAAAAAGCUUACAAUGGGUAGAAACAUGGAACGUAGGAGAUGGAAGAGCAUAUUCGCAUCACAAGAAGCAUUAUUUUCCACUUUCAACAAAAUAACGUAUAUCUGACAUCCACAGGAUGGUAAAAUAAAAAAGGCUAAGUAACAGACGAUAGAAACAUGUUGAAGAAUUACGUUUGAGGAUAUAUUGUUUAUCAUGUGAUAAACUGUUCUGCAUAUUAUUUUACAACCUUCGUCAUCACUUCUUUUUGUCAUGUGCUUACAUCAUACCUGUCUCUGGUGCUGGGCACCAUCCACAAACACACCUGUACCAGGUAGUGAAUACCACAUCAUCAUCAUCAUCAUCAUCAUGCCUCCGGAUUUAAUCCGGUGAAUACUGUACCACAUACACACAAAAUUACCUAUCCUUAGUGUUGACCCACGUCCACAUACAAUUAAACAGCCUGUCCUUGGUGCUGAAAACCAUCCACUCAUAGG